UUUUUACAGUUGUAUUUCUAUUCCAAAACAUGGACAUUUUCCAAUAUUGUAUAUUUAGUAAUCCAUCGAACUUCCAUAAUAAAAUAUAUAAAUGUUAGUAUAUCUUUCAAUAGCUCCCCAUAUAUGCAAUGCCAAUUUCAUCAUCAAUAGUGUAUUUGGUAGCUCAGUACAGCGCAGUGGUAAUACGGAUUACAUUCGUUUGACGUAUGGAAAGGUAUGACAAUGUUGAUUUAUCGUUAAAAGUUUUCUUAGAGCUGCUCAAUCGACUGUUUCGAAUUAUUUUCCCUAUAUUCACGGACAAUCAAGAAAAAAGACGGCAGGUGUCAGUAGCUGAACACAAGAAUAUUUUACCUUUGAUACAUUUCAUACUUAAAAUAACAAUCGAGUCAUUCGUUGGAGGCGCAUGUUAUCCAGAUCUCCCCUACUCCGGUGCCACGCAUGUAGUGGUGCUUCGUCUGCUUCGGCCCCUAGCGAUAGGACUUCUCUCUAACAGAAGUCAUAUCUGCUUACUCCACAGAAGAACUUGCCUGGCAUGCACACAUUUCUUCGUCUACUUCGCACUUUUCCGGCAAUUCCUUUACGUGUAGAUGAUGGUGAACAGUGUAGUUUGUUUCUGCAGUGCAGUGAUAAAUUAAUAUCAAUUUUUGUGUGAAAUAGUGGAUUUGCCGCUAGAAUUUAAUUUCUACCGCGAGCAUAAAAGUGUUUCAAAACAGGAUAAGUAGGAGGCAAUUGCCUCUGGUGCUUGUGCUUGUUUAAUUUCGCAUUUUUUUUUUCUGCCCCGGCAACGGCUGGCGGCUGGUAAAUUUUUGAUUUGUUUGUCUCGUCUGUGUUAGCGUUGCGUGCAUGUUUUGUCUGUAGUAUCGUGUAUGUGGUAAGCUAAGCGAGAUGGCUGAGUGUGUAUGCGGUAGUUCUAUACUACCGUCGGACAUACCAACAGCUUGCUCGAUGUGUUCUAGAGUGUACCAGUACAAGUGCACUCCUCUGACGAAAGCUGUAGCAAAGCUAGUCAGUGAGAACGAAAAUCUGCUAUUCAAAUGUAAUGAUUGUUUGUCGAGCCAGUGUUGUGGCGAGCAGAAUUUGGCGCUUCCGACCGUCCAAAAGAUCGAAGAGGAAAUGAAGAAGAUUGCUUUUAUUUCUGAGUCGAUCAGUGGCGUUCGAGAGCAAAUUGCUGCUCAGAUAAACGACGCGUUGAAGACCGGGAUGGAAGAAUUGGGGAGAAUGAUAAAUAGUGCUAUGGAAAAGGCUGUUUCUGAUUUAAGUACAUCUGUGAGCAAAGAGUUGGAAAAUAUGAAAUGUUCAUUUUUUGAAUUCAAUUCGUCUAAAAAAGUAGCUGCAAUGAAUGUUCAGCAAGGUACAUCAAGAACGGCUUCGGAGCCGAGCCUGAAUCCCAGAGGCAAAAAGCGAAAGGUUCAGGAAGACGCGGACGCGACGUCUGAUGAUGUUUUUGUUGAAAGUAUUAGUUUCGCGGAUGUAGUCAAAAGUAAUACUGGGACUAAAAGUAAGAAAAAAAGUUACAAGAAGAAAAGCACUGCGAAUGAAGAAGUGUCUCGUAAGGCUCGUCCGGUCAUUGUGAUCAAGCCUAAAGAGUCCAACCAGAGUAGCGAGGAUACUCGCAAAGUUUUGAAUUGUAAAUUAGAUCCGAAAAAACACAAAAUCAGUAACUUUAGAAACGGGAAAGAUGGCUCUAUUAUUGCUGAGUGUGCAACAGGCUACAAUGUUAAUGUUGUGAAAGAUGGCAUUCAAAGCGAUUUGGGUGAAAACUACAAUGCUGUUGUUCCCUCAUCGGUGCCAAGACUUAAAGUGAAGGGCAUGAGCGAGAAGUUUUCCUCCGAUGACUUCAUUAUGAUUUUAAAAGAUCAAAAUGAAGACAUCGCCAUCAAUGAAGUAAAAGUAAUAAGAAUGUAUGAAAAUCCACAGCUUAAGUACAAUAAGUACAAUGCGGUAAUUGAGGUCGAUAAAGAGACCCAUAGUUGUUUGUUGACCGCCGGAAAAGUAUUUAUAAAGUUUGAUAGAUGUCGUGUUGUUCCUGAAAUUCAUGUUUUGAGAUGUUUCAAAUGUGGAGAAUUCGGGCAUAUGAGUAUGAAUUGCAAAAACUGUGAAGCAUGCUCUAGAUGCAGUGGAAGUCACAAGACAUCCGAAUGUACGGCAACCGUUUUGAAAUGUAUAAACUGUAAAAAGGUUAAUGUAGAGCGUAACAUGAACUUGGACGAUAACCACGGUGCAUUCAGUCAUGAAUGUGAAGUUUUUAAGAGGUUGUAUAAUAGGAAAAAGAGCAGCCUACAUUUCAAUGAAUAGCAACCAAGUUCCAGAAGUAAUGUGAAUCAGUUUGAUAUUUUAUAUUUGAAUAUAGCCGGGUUAACUACAAACUACGUAGAAUUACGUCAGAUUGUAGAAGAAAAACGUCCAAAUCUAGUAUUUUUGUCUGAAACGCAUAUUGUUGAUGUAAAUGCUUUUGAUCAGUAUAGUAUUCCGGGAUAUAAUGUGGCUGCCUGUGUAUCACAUUCGAGACAUACUGGCGGAGUUGCUAUUUAUGUCAAAGAAUCAGUUCAAUACAAGCUUCAAUUGAACGAGGUUUGUGAAGGAAAUUGGUUCUUAGGCAUAGCGGUUGUACGUGGCAUGAGGAUGGGUAAUUAUGGUGUUUUAUAUCACUCUCCCAGUGCAAAUGACCAGCGUUUUAUUGAAAUUUUAGAGAACUGGCUUGAGGUGUUUUUAGAUUUUUGUAAAUUAAAUAUACUUGCUGGAGAUUUUAAUAUCAAUUGGUGUGACAAUCCGAAUUCGAAUCAUUUGAAGCGUUUAGCUGACUUCUUUAAUUUGAAACAGACAGUAAAUGUUUAUACGCGUAUUUCCCAACACAGUAAAACUUUGAUUGACCAUGUUUAUUCAAAUUUUGAUUCUGUUUGUGUUGUUGCAAAUUCUGAUUUAAAACUUACUGACCAUGAAACUUUAGUUAUUAAUAUUAACGAAUCUAGUAGCGAGGAUAAUGAUCUUGUGAAGUUCAAGUGUUGGAGGAAAUACUCGAAACAAGCAGUUUCGAGUCUCGUCGAAAGACAUGUGGAUUUUCAUGCAAGUGGCGGUUCUUUAGAUCAAAAAUCAGCUGUUCUAACUGACGUCUUAAAAACCUGUACAAAUCAAUUAGUAGAACAAUUGUUGGACGCCCUUCAGUGGUUGUCAGUGAAGCAAAGAAUUGUCUAUUUAACGUUGGUGUUCAUUUUUAAAUUAAAGAAUGGUAUGCUGCCUAGAUAUUUGUGUGAUCGAAUUGAAAGAGGAAGUGACAUUCAUAGUUACAACACUAGAAACGCGGAUCAAAUAAGAACACCCUACUUUUUGCAUGGUGCUUCACAAAAUUCCUUGUAUUAUAAAGGUAUAAAUGUUUUCAAUUCGAUGCCUGACCACAUCACGAAUGCAGUUUCGCUAUCACAGUUUAAGAGGCUAUGUAUUUCACACGUAAAAGCUGCUUUUUGAACAGCUACUCUGUUGACUUUUUAUUCUUGACUAGAUUUUGUAUCUUGACGAAGUUUACCAACGGAUAUUUUGUGUGGACAAUUUAUAUUUUUGUAAUAGGAGGCAUGAACAAACUAUAAUGGUCGCCCCGAUGAUGAUGAUGGAUUUUAUAUUUGUUGACGUAGUAUUAUUAACUGAACUUAUUUUGUGUAGUCUACAAAAGUUUGAGUCUCGCGCGCGGUGACAGGUAUAAAUGACAUUUUUGUAUUUAUUUAUCAUAUGGAAUAUUUGUACUGCUGAAGGAUUCUGUAGAUUAGUAGUGAGUUGUCUAGUUGAAUGUCGGGAAUUUCUUGAGAAUGAGAAUAUUGCCGACUGUUUUGACAUCGCGCGAACGUUAUCAAUCCUCGCAAUAUUUUUGAUUUUCUGAUAUUUCAUGAUCACUAGUAACGCUUGCAAACAUCUGUAGUUGAGAGCAGCAGUAUUUUGAAAUUUAUGUUUUUGCUGUAUAGUAUGACAAAUUAUAAUGUUGUCUAUAUCUGUAAAAAGAAUCAGACCGUAUUUAGUUUGCAAAUCUGAUUUCAUUGAUCAUAAUUAAUAAUUAUCUUAAAGAUAUAUCGUCUAGCUCAAACCUUUGUAGGGGUAUGUGGCGGGACCAUCAUCAUCAUCAUCAUCAUCAUCAUCAAUACCAAUAGAGCCUUCCGCGCGGUCAACUGCCCGACAUUGGCGAAGUGAUAGUGCAAUCGUCUACACUGAUCAUUGCUUGCUGCUCCGACUAUUGGUUGUUAACAACUACCAGAGAGUCGAUUCCAGUUUCACGAAGCUCAUCUACUCCAUUGCAACUACGAUCGAGUGGGAUACAGCCAAUUCCACUUCUUCGAUCGAUUCACCGUAGAGCUUUAGCGUAACACGGUCAGCAAAGCCGUUGUCUCCACUGACACUAUUGAACGCGUUCCUUACAUCCACAAUCACUACUGUACAGUAGCGAAUCCCCCUUCUCUUACGCGGGAGCGCUAUCUUUGCGGUCUUUGUAACCGUCAAGAUAGCGUCUACGGUCAACCUCCCUUUUUCGGAAGCCAAAUUAGUUGCUCGAGAGACUAUUUACACAGUCGAUGUGCCUCAACAUUUAGGUGAGGAUGAUCUUCUUGAGCACCUUCUUCGCUAAGUCUAUCACGCAUAUGACGACGGGUCUCAGGGCACCCUUUGCAAUAGUAUCAGGCUCUGCCGCUUCCAAACCCCUGGGAAACUCCCUUGUCCAAACAUUUCUGCAUUGCAGACUUGAACAUCCCGCGACCUUCUGUAAUGGCUACUAUGCAGGCCAGCAUGGGAACCCUGUCCAAACUUGUUGUCUUACCUUCUUCUUCUUCUUCCAUAUGGCUGUACGUUCCAACUGGAACUUGUGUAUUGUGAGGCAAGGACAAUAAUACACUAUGCCCAGGGAGUCUAGAAAAUUUUCCGGACUAAAACGGGAAUCCCAUUCGCCGUCUCCGGAUUGGCGAUCCAUAGCCUUAACCACAAGGCUAACUGGGACCCCCUGGUGUAUUACCUACGCUAAGGAAUUACGCAAUCACGCAAGUUCCGCAUCGGUAAGCCAGCUUCAAGUCCCCGGUCGUCCUACGAAAGGAAGUCAAGGACUAGGACCAUGACGCGGAAAAAGGCCCUGGAUGAUCCCCUCCAAAUUCUUUGGAGAUAGGAGCCAUUACACCUCUCGACUUAGCCAUCAUGGUCCCGUAUUCCCGCAUCACCCCACAGAUUCGCAUUGGCACUCUGACAGAGACCCUCAAAGCAGGCCUUUUUGCUUGCCCUUAUCUUGGUCUUCAUCGCAACUUCAGCAACGUCGAACAGCACCCGCCGUUCGUUUCGCUUUUCCUCAGUUCGUGCUCGUUGCAUUCACCGUAUAGCCCGUAGGCAGGCGUGGCACAGGUCCCCAAUUGCUUGUGUCCAUCAGAAAGCCAGUAAUCUCCACAUCUACGAUCGUAAACCUCAAGCGUAAUAUCGGCAGUAAAGUCGAUGAUGGUCGGGAGGGAAGUUUAACCUCAACACCUCGUUGUACACCACAUUCCAUAACACUGGACUCAGGAGGAAACCUUUUGGAACUCCUGAGGCUAUGUGAAACCUUUUCCGUCCAACCUCUGUGUCGUUUAUGAGUACUCAAUUCUGAAAAUAGCUUCACAAGAUGCAGGAGCGCAUCGGCAAUAGCCAAUUAACUGUCACUAUUGUAUGCGUUCCCUACAUCCAACUAUAGCCGGUUGGUUUCCUGACCUUUGAUGCUAGGACCAGACUCUGCUACUUUUGAAACUCUGGGAAGACUCCCUUAUUCAAACAUUUCUGCAUAGCAGAUCGGAAUAUCCUAGAAACCUCUGCAAUAACUAUUUGGAUUGACAGGUUUGAAAUUCCGUACAUAGCAUGGGGUCUUACCUGCGCUUAAGGAUUUGCAAUCCCCGCAGUCCCACAUCGUUGACCCUUUCCUCAUCACCCGCUGCAGUCCCCAGCGGUCUCACAAAAGGAAGCCAAGAACUCGAAUCAUAGUGCGGGAAGAUCCCCUCGAUGAUCGUAUGCAGCAUCUCUGGAGACUGCUCAGUGGGACCCAUUACAUUUCGUGUCUUGGUCAUCACCAUCUUGUCCUGUAUCUUAAUGCUUGCUUGAUCUUGAGCGUGACUGUGACAACCAUGAACACCACCCGUGGUUCAACAGGCUUUUCAACAGUACAUGCUCACUAGGCCUGUCCACCUUUGGCGCUGUCCAUAAACUACGUAGACUCAUUUUUGGCCAUCUCAGAACCCCCCCUCCCCCCUCGUAGACUUUUUUCCAUACAAAAUUUUCGAAAUUUGUAUGGAGCGUAGACUUUGACCAGACCCCCCCGUCCCCCCCUAAGAGUCUACGUAGUUUAUGGACAGGCCCUUUUCAAAAAUGUUCUCUGAUUCUCAAGUCCACCCCCAUAGUUUGAUUGGCAUACUUAAAGAAGUAACUGGUCAAAAUUUCAGCCAAAUCCAUUGAAAUUAAGAGGUGCAUCAAAUCAAUUUUGUGUUUUUCGACUAUUUUUGAACUUCAAAAAAUCAUAACUACACUAAAACUUGUCAAAACCUAGUUCUUUCGGCAGAAAUUGAAAGCUAUACUUGUUUGCUACAACUUCUCCGAACAACGUGUGCCAAUAAAAUUGAAGGAAACAUGUGUAAUUAUCACAUUUGUAAUCAGAAAAACCUUAAAAUGUUGAUUUUUUGAUAGAUUUUGCUCUGGAACACCCUAAUAUACGUAAUAAGUUUGAUAUUUUAAAACGGCAUCAUAUUCUCCCAUGUGUUUUUCGGUCAUUUGCUUCUUUGACACCAAUGCUGUAGGAGUUGAGCAAAAAUUACUAAAACUCGUGAAAGCCAAAUGUGGCCUAAAAACUAGCUUUUCGGGUGCAAUCACGCUUUGGCGCGCAAAAAGUGGCAUCGCGUCAGCACUGAUAUGAUAGCUAACACCUGUCAUAACGCUUGUUUGUUAUCACCCGUGGUAGGGGGUAGCCAAGGCAAAGUACAAGGAAGCAAAGCUACUACGUUCAGUACAAUUUCGCGCCAUAGCGUGAUUGCCUCCAAAAAGCUAGUUUUUAGGUCACAUUUGGCUUUCCCGAAUUUUAAUACUUUUUGCUCAACUGCUACAGCAUUGGUGUCAAAGAAGCAAAUAACCAAAACACAUGGGAGAAUAUGAUGCCGUUUUAAAAUAUCAAACUUAUUACGUAUAUUAGGGUGUUCCAGAACGAAAUCUAUCAAAAAAUCAACUUUUUAAGGUUUUUCUGAUUACAAAUGUGAUAAUUACACAUGUUUUCUUAAAUUUUAUUGGCACACGUUGUUCGGAGAAGUUGUAGCAAACAAGUAUAGCUUUCAAUUUCUGCCGAAAGAAUUAAGUUUUGACAAGUUUUUGUGUAGUUAUGAUUUUAUGAAGUUCAAAAAUAGUCGAAAAACACAAAAUUGAUUUGAUGCACCUCUUAAUUUUAAUGAAUUUGGCUGAAAUUUUGACCAGUUACUUCUUUUGGGAUGCCAAUCAAAAUAUGGGGGAGGACUUGAGAAUCAGAGAACAUUUUUGAAAAGGUGGACAGGCCUAAUGCUCACUGCAUCCGUUGCCUAGCCCAUAGACUUUAGUUUACCAGUGAGUCGGUGGUCUCCCAUUCCUAGUAUAGACUUUCGUUAGCAUGACCAAGUGCAUGCCUGAAUACCUCAUCCAUCAUCAUGCCUUCCAUCUGUAAGGACUUGGCCUGGCGACCCAUUUUUGUAGCAGCCAACAGCUAUUGUUGUUGUCGAUGCUGUUGACACUGACAGGUGCUCGCUAUAUGCGUAGGUAUAGUCUGCCCUCCAGUUUGAGUCGAUUUAGGCCAGGUUUGCAAUAGGUAUGCAAUGUCGAUGAUCGCCUGAAAUUUUCCGGAACUCCCAUGAGACUCCUUGUAAACCCUUAAAAUCUCCUGGAAUCCCCUGGAACACUUAUGACAUGAGGCUUCAUAAAAACCCUUUUAAGUCCACUAAGAUCCCUUCUGGUUCCCUGAAGUAACCCUGCAAGUCCCUGGAACCACCUGAAGACCCCUUGAAACGUUCCGAAAAUCCCUCAUAUCCCUACCUUGAACUUCGUGAAACGUUUCUUAGUCCCCCGGAAGUCUCUGAAAUACCUCUGAAUCACCCUUGAAUCUUCCUGCAAUUCCUUAAAACCUCAUGAAAUGUCAUUGAAACUAAUUGGAGCCCCCUGGAACCUUCUGAGACUACCUGUUGUACCGCUGAAACGCCUCUGAGAUCCCCUGCUACUUCGAGCUCCCCCUGAACUGUUACUCAUAUGCCCCUGAAUUGAAACCCCGUGGAACCACGUGAAAUCACAUGGAACCCCGUGAAACUCUCUGAAGCCCUCUAGAAAUUCACAACCCCAACAUCCCCACUAGACAGAAAUGUCUUCUUUUCUACACGGGAAAAAAUUCAUUGCCGGAUCCAUGACUAAAAUGUUAUGAAAUCAUAAAACUUGUCGCUUCAUGAUAUUGUAACUACAAGUCAUGAUAUCGUGACGUUAACAACGAUUAUCAUGAAUAAUAAUAACUGAUUCCAUCAACAAAAGCCAUGGCCGUCAAAAGCGUUAUGAAAAAAUUAAGCUCGUUUUCAUAAAUUGAAUACCAUAAAGCUGAGUCAUGGUAGCAUGGCUCUGAGUCAUAAAACUAUGACGCUGAGUCAUCUCAACCAGACGCUGAGUCGUAUAAACAUAACGCAGAGUCAUAAAAUCAUGAAUCACAACAAACGAAUUUGGGCACUGUAAGCGUUACGCAAACCCUCGCGCAGAAUCACCUACGCCAUUUUUGUCACUUCUGUCAAGGCGCCUUUUGUGAGCGGCAGUGUUUUCCGAAGUUGAAAGUGGAAAAACUCCAUAUUCCGGCACAAAACUCCGGCCAGCUUCAUCAGCAGCAGAACAAUCAAGCUCACGCACAAUUGCGGCACAAAAUUUUGGCUAAAUGCAUGACGUAAUCUAUGGACGCCCCCUAUCUCUAUGGACCAUUUUACGAGACGGUUCAGAACAACUGAUCGCUCAUUUUAUGAAUGAAAAUUUGACAGUAUGGAGCCAGGUCAUUUUGACAGAUCUCACACGAGCAAGAAAAGGUCGGCAAACUGCAAGAAAAUUGUUCGUCUCUUUCUUGCAUGUGUGUGAUCUGUCAAAAUGACCUGGCUAAUGUCAAACAUUUCGAGGUUAGGUUUCGUGGUGUAAUGAAGAAUAGACUUGCGUGGUUUAAUGAAGAAUAGACUUUGUUUUUUUGCAGCCAAACAAGACAAAAGAAAUCUCAAAAAGUGCAGCCAAAUGACAAAUACCAGAAUCAUAAAAAUUAAAAUUACUUCAAUAUUCAGGAGCCUUGUUCAUGAUUUCAGAAUGCGUGCUUCACGAUAACAUGACCUUAAAUGCCACUUUGCACCAAUUAAUCCGAUAGUAUAAAUUACAAAUACUAGAAUCAUGCAUACUGCUUAUGUUUUUAUAACAUUAGGUAAUAAAUUUAGAACGUGCUUUAUGAUAACAACGAUCCAGUACCAUAAAUGACAAAUACUUGCACCAUGAGUAAUGCUCAAGCUUUCAUAAAUUUAGUUCAUAGUUUGAGUACGUACUUCAUGAUAAUAUGAACCGACUUACCAAAUUUCGCUAAUAAAACUGGAACCAUAAACGACAACUACUAGUUCUAUGAAUACCGCUUCUAGUUUUAUGAAUCUAGAACUAUUUGGUAUUCAUGGGCAUGAUAUCAUGACUUAACUUACAAAUUUUUGUCAAUAAAUAUGAAAAACGUAACGCCAAGGUGACGUUACGGCAACAUGAAUCAUGAAAGUGUGACCUUUUUUGUGGUGUAUAUUUAUAACAUGAAAACACACAUUUUACGCGAAAUCAUGACUCAUUUAGCAGGUUUCAAGCAGCGGAUUUUUUCCCGUGUACGAACAGAUGUAGCAAGGCAGAAAUGUUCUCUCCCUAUUAGCAAAGAAGGCAACGGUGUUGAACAUUUCAGUAACGUUUUCUUUUUCUGGUAUCAAAAUGGCAAUACAUUUCUGUCUAGUGGAGACGUUGGGUAUGGCAUACGGAAACUCCACUGAGACCCCCUGAAGCACACCUGGAAUGCUCUUAGGACCCCCUGAAACUUUCUGAAAUGCCAUUGAAUUCUCCGUGACACCUUCCUGAAACCCUCUUAAAACCGCCUGAAAAUCUCUUAAAACCUACUAAGAUUCCCUAAAACGUCCCUUAAUUCUCCAUAGACCUCAUCCUCCAUCGACUUUUUCAGGAAUCCGUACGGGAGUUAUCUCCGGAAAUCAUCCUCGGAUUUGUUCAGAAAUGUUUUAAUGGAUUUUUUAAGAAUUUUUUUUAUAGAAAAUCUUUAACAUACUCCUUGAAAAGCUCUUACAAAGAUUCCAAUUAAAAUUCUUCCAGAUUUUUUUUUUUAAUUUUUCUGGAAAUUUCUUCAAUAAUUCUCUAUGAGAUUCCUCCACAAAUUUGUUCGAGGACACGAAGGGAAACCUCUAUGGGUUUCCCUCCAAUGUUUGUUUUAGAUUCCUUCAGAAAUUCGGUCUUAAAAUCCAUAAAGGUGGUUUCAGAAACACCCCCGGCGAUUUUUUUUUCAGAAAUUCUGUAGAAUUUUGUGUAGGGAUUUCAAUAAAAUUCUUUCAAAGAUUAUACAUUAAAAACGUCUACUUUAAUAAAUUUUUCCUCUGAUUCUUACUCUACAGAAAAUAUUCCAGAUAUUUAUUCAGUCCUUUUAAAGGCAUUUCUACGGAAGUUCUAUUAGAAAUUUAUAAUGAGUCUUUUUUCUGGAGUUCUUUGUAGACAUUUAUCUAAGCGUUUCUGCAGGUAAUACAGGAUAUGUUUUUUUCAGAAAUUCCUCCACAGAUUACUCGAGCAAUACUUUUGGAAAAUUCUCCAAGAGUUUGUUUAAAGGAUUUCUCCAGAGGAUUUUCCAUAAAUCCUUAAAUAUUUUUUUCCUGGAAUUUCACCAAAGCUUUCUCGAGAAGUUUAUCCUAAAAAAUUCCUCCUAUGAUUCAUUCAAGACUAUCCAUCAAGAAAUUGAAUCAAAAGUGCUUCCUAAAGUUUCUACAGGGGUUCUACUGAAGUAUUCUUUUGAAUAUCCUUCGUUUUAUUUUUUAAUUCUUCAAGUAGUUCCGUUGAAGAGAUAUUUUCAUCUUCAAAAAAUUCUUAAAAAUUGUAGGGAUUUUUUUUAGAAAUUUCAGCAAAGGAUUACUCCAAAGAUUCUUACGUGAGGGUUUUCAAUCAAAUUUUCAAAAAAUUACAAAUAGGUAUUGACAAAUUCUUUCAGAAAUGCCUUCAGUGAUUCUUUGCCCUUGCAAUUCCACCAGAUACAUCUCCUGGGAUGCCUUUAGAGAUCCCUGCAGAAUUUGUUCAGAUAUUUUUCCAGAACAAAAGGUUAUUGCAACCAUAACAACUUACAAAUGCUCUAUAGGAAAUCAAAAAGCGAUCCCUAAAGAAUGAACAUAUGGUCCAUGAAAAUGUGCAAUGUUACCCAUAAAAAUUGAAAACGUUCCAUACUUUGUAGAAAAUGUACCGGUGAAACAUCCGCUCCUCUUCUUGGUGUAACGUCCUCACUGGGACAAAGCCUGCUUCUCAGCUUAGUGUUCAAUGAGCACUUCCACAGUUAUUAACUGAGAGCUUCCUCUGCCAAUGACCAUUUUGCAUGUGUAUGUCGUGUGGCAGGCACGAAGAUACUCUAUGCCCAAGGAAGUCAAGGAAAUUUCCUUUUACGAAAAGAUCCUGGGCCGACCAGGAAUCGAACCCGUCACCCUCAGCAUGGUCAUGCUGAAUACCCGUGCGUUUACCGACUCGGAUAUAUGGGCCCUGUGGAACAUAACAUUUUCUAAUUAAAAGUGCAACUCGGAAAACUCAGGUGGAAAUUCUUUGUUUUGGUUAUGGCCAAUUUUGUUAAACAUGUCCAAAUAUAUUAUAUAAGCCCUUUCUAUGAAAAAUCAUAACUCAUGAACGAAGCAUCGUAGAAACAAAGUGUUUUGAUGAAAACGAAAGCAAAUUUUCUCAAAAAAUAAAGAUGAAGUGGAAAAAGUUUUUCUCAAAAUUUUUGAAAAGAAUAGCCGGAAAAUCUAUUCCCUAACUCGCGGAAAAUUUUCUGAAAAAAUAUUUUGAGAAGGUAAUUUUAUAAGCUUUGAUCGCUGAAAUUUAUGGAAUGGAUUUUUUUUUCUUUCUUGAGUUAUGGUCAAUUUUGUGAACAAUAACCAUGUACGCAUAUAUUAUAUGGUCAUUUUUCACAUAAUUGUCCAUAACUCAUGAACGAAAAACAAGUGCAUUCCAAAUAUUUUAGCCAUCAAAGCUUAUGAAACAACAUUCUCAAAAAUACAUUUUUGAAAAUUUCCCGUGAGUUCGGGCAUAGUUUUUUUUUUGGCUUUUACUUAUGAAUUUCCUCAACGGUGGAAAAUUUUGUGAAAAACUUUUUCCUUUUCAUAUUUUUUUUGAAUUCCUGAGAAAAUUUCUACGAUGCAUCGUUGUUGAGUUAUGAUUUUUCAAAGAAAAGGCUUAUAUGACACAUUUGGACAUUUGUCAACAAAAUUGGCCAUAACUCAAAAAUGAAAGAAAAGUGCAUUCCAAAAAUUUUUUCUAUUAAAGUUCAUGGAAUAAACUUCUCAAAAUUUUUUUUUUAUAUUUUUUACGAGUUCGGGCAUUGUUUUUUCGGCUUUUCUUUACGAAUUUUCUCAACUGUGGAAAAUUUUGUGGGAAACUUUUUCCAGCUCAUUUUUUUUUUUGGAUUUCUUAGAAAAUUAUGUUUCAUUUUCUAAAAAAAACUUUGUUUCUAUGAUGCUUCGUUCUUGAAAUAUGAUUUAUCAAAGUAAGUAGUGUCAGGGGAAAACAAAGAGUUUCCACCUGAGUUUUCCGGGAAAAUAGCCGACCCUGAAUUUUUCUCAAUUAUUUUUUGUUCACAUAUCCAUUAGCUCUGCCUGUGGAAAAAGAUUCAUGAAAAUCUGGGACCCUUCGGCCCAAACCCGUACGGUAAUACAAAAAAAUGCCCUGUGGAUUGUCAGGUGAAAACAUGAUUUCAAGGAAGCCUCUUUCUGGAGAAAACAUCGGAGCAGCUUCUAGAUGAUUCCUCAGCGGAAUUACGGAAAAGAUCCUUAAAGGUAAUUUUAGGGAAAGUAUACUCGCAGAAACUUUUCAUAGAAUCCUCGGAGAGGAUACUGAAGGACUCUUUAAAGGAAUUUCUGGGGAAUUCUAAAAAUAAAUUUUUUGAAGGAAUUUUUUAAAGGAAUUUCAGGGAGAAUUUUCGCGAAAAUUUUAAAAGAAUAGUUUAAAAAGCUACAGGUGGAAUUUUCGGAGGAACUUUAGGAAGACUCUUUGUAACAAUUUCGGUGAAACUUCAAGAGGAUGCCUCGGAAUAUUUUUUUGGAAAUAUACAAAGAGGAAUCCCAAGAAAGAGUUUUGUUGGAGGAAUCGACAUAUUUAUAGUGGAAUUAUCAGAAAGCAUUUCUUAGGAAUGCUCAAAAGUUUUUUGGGAAGAUUCUUUGGAGAAAACUAUGCAAACACUUAUAGGGAAGCCUUCGGAGAAAUUUCUGCAGGAAAUAUGGGAAUAAUAAAUACUCUGAGAAAUCCUUGUAAAAAUCUUCGGUUACUGGUCUUUAUACAAGAAUGCUUUCCGAGGAGUUACAAGAGGAAAUUAUCUAGACAUUUCCAGGCUACUUCUCGAACACAUUUUUGUAUGUGCCUUAUAAAAGUUUCUGCACGAAUCGUUCAAAUAAUUUCUGAAAAAAAAUCCUAUUGAAACCGUAUGAGGCAGUUUUUUUUCUUGGAAUUUCACAAAGGCUUUCCCAAAAAGUUUCUUGGGGUUUUUCUCUAGCUAGUUCUUAAGAAAUUCCUCCUAGAAUUCCUUCAAGAAUAUCCUUCCAGAGAUUCAGUCAAACGUGCUACCUAAAAUUCCUAUAGGGUCUCUAAUGUAGUAUUUUUUCAUAAUUUAAUUUGGGGUUGUGUCUGAAAAUUCCUCCAAUAUUUCUUCAAAAUUAUAGAGGUUUCUUCAGGAAAUUUAGCAAAGAAUUUCUUUAAAAGUUCUUCCAUUGAAAUUUUCAGAAAUUCUUUAAAAAAUACAAAUCCUGCAGGUGUUUUUCGAAUAUUUGUGAUUUUUUUUUUCUGAAAUGACGUCACUUGAGGAAACGUUUGAAGAAAUACAUGAAAGAAUACAAGCAUGAACUAAUGCAGAAAUCUUUGAAGGAAUUUUUAAUAGAAUCCCUUGAGCAAUUCCAAGAAGAUUUCGUAAGAAAUUUCUGGACUAGUUUUGGGAAAUUCCUUUAGAAACUUCAGAAGAAUUUCCAAGGAAAAAUCCUGGAGGAGUUUCUGAAAGAAUCUCUGGAGGAAUCCCUGGAGAAAUUUUCAAAAAAAAUCCAUGGACGAGGAUGCGUUCUGAAGGGAUACUAAGAGGAUUUUUUCGAUAAAUUCUUAGAAUCCACUAAGAAAUUUCUGGUGGUGCACCUAGAGAUAAUUCCGGAGAGUUUUCUUGAAAUUUUAAAAACAAUUCUUGCCGAACUCAUAUUUAUUUAUUUAUUUAUUUUAUUUCAUUUCGUCAACCGACGUAGACUAGUACAUUAUACAUAUACAUAUUUUUUCUUAUUUCUUUGUAAUAUAAUUACGAAAUACAUUGAAAAAUAUAUUUAAAAUAAAAAAAAUAAAUUUAGUAGUGUUUUGUUUUUUAAGUGAUCCUAUUUCUAAUGGUACGAAAAUAUG